AUGUCCCAAGGUAUGAACAAGAACUCCUCAGAUAAACACUAUUUGUCCAAGGAUACACGUCGUACCUCUGAAAUCAUAUCUCAACUGGAUGAUCGCCUGGAUCGAUUACGCCAAUCCAUCUUACCCAAACAACCCUACCUAGUCUCUGUCCCCUCGGAUGUCCCCUACCGACACAGCUCUCGGUUUGUCAAUACCUGGUAUGAAGGAACUCCGUUUGAUCGCGACGAAGAGCAGUUACAAUACAUCAGUUUCCUGUCACGCCAGCGUGAAGAAGAGUCGCUGUUGAAAGUCGAGGGAAGCUGGGCGGACGACCAGGGUAGUCGCAUUGACGAAGACACACUCUCCCCCAAGACCAUACCAAUCACCGGACAGCAUACUCCUGCCGAUCGAGGACAUAGGAAGAAGAUUAGUCUGAAAGACUACAAGACAAAUCGCAGAGCUUCUCCGGAGUCUGCUUCGCAACCACCUGACACCACUUCACCAAAGAAGCCUAUUCCAGAACCCGCCGAGCAGAGACCUGCCGCCGCAAUAGUCCCAGAGAGCGCCGCGGAAAACGGUGCGCCACACCCUGUACAACAUCAUAAGGAGCCCAGAUCACAAGAGUCCGGCCGUGGAGCGGUGUUUACUGACGGACACCACUCCUCUCCCCCACGGACACAGACCCACAAACCAACUUCCUCACCUACCCCAGCAAAGCGGCGGAAGCUCUCUGGGACCCCCGAGGAGCGCGAGGCUGCAACCAUGUCUACCAAAGUGGAGGCUCAGUCCACGGUAAUGAAAAUGCCUAGAUUACUUUCCCCAACCCUCCCGUCUCCACAAAAACAGAUAGGAUUACCUGAACUGCUAUCUCCCCUGCUACCCCCUUCCCUAGCCAAGGCGAUCUCUACCCCGUCUGACACCAUCUCGAUUGGAAGUCCCGCCGCAGGAUCUCAUUCUCGCACAGAUUCUGUCCGUGCAAUACUAGCUAGUGCCGACUUGGACGAUUCACCGACAAGCAAAGGUGGCAUUGUUGCUGGAGACCGAGCCCGAUCCGACAGUCAGCAUUCUGCCAGAGAUUCUUUCCCUGGUACCCCUAACACAACGAAACCUGUUCUUGGUGUAAAGCCUCUGUCGAAGAUCGGCACCAAGCUUGGAACACCACUACAGCAGGGAGCCCGGGCUAGCCCUGGGCCACGACAGCGGCAUACCAUCAUUCUCAAAUACGGGAAGAAGAACCGCAAGAGAGUUGAGGCACUUCUAAAACUAGGGCCACGGGCUAAGAAGACCAUCGUCAAGAACGAAGAUUCUGCGAUAAGAAUAAUCCCGGAUGUGAAGCCGAAGAAAGAAUUAGCCAGGCACGAGACCAACGAAGCCGUCCACGCAGCAGAUUCAAAGCCAAAGAACGAUACCAUGCCAGAUGAGUCCCGGGAAGGACGUCGCGAAAAGGAUGCUCAGUCAAAAUCCGCCGCGCCCGACAACUCAAAGCCGGAGAAGAAGCGCAAGUUGGAGAUUAGCACUCCCCUUGGGAGGAAGAGAUUAAAGCCUUCCGCUGAGUCCGAUAAACGGCCAUCUACUCCCGUUCAGCUUGCAGGAAAGGCGCCUACGGCUUCACAAUCUAAGUCCACCUUUUCCACACCUAAAAAAGAACUCAAAUCCACCGCCAUGAGAAGAGUCGAGUCCUCUGAUUACCAGGAUGUCCCGACUCCUACGGGCGGAAGAGGGAGAGUGUCCACGCCUGUAGCUGUUCCAAAACCUUCGCCUCAACCUCCUACGGCAACGAGCAGCAGGGAAGAGGAGCGACAUCUUUGGACGAACAUGAACACCAAAUUCUUUGCACUCGGUCGUUCACUGAAGCAUGAGGGGACCAAAAUUGGACCAUCGGCCAAUGGAGAAGUCAAGGGUUACUCUGGAAAAUCCGUGGCAUUGCUUACUGAAGCAUUAAUUUGUUUCAUGAUCAAUAUCUCGGCCCAGGCUCAUGCACGACCCGGGGUUGACCCGGGUUGGACAAGCAUUAUUCCGUAUCACAUCUUCCUCUGGCGAGCAUCAAGGAAACAUGUCCACUUGCAUGGCCUAGUCGUCCAGCUAGGUGCUGUUUGUCGGCAACUCAUUCACAAAUGUGACAUGGAUCGGCUCGCCCGAGACCCUUUGCCUGACGAUUACUGCAACUCUGCCCCAACUCCUGGCAGCGACGGAAAUACCAAGACUAAUGAGGAUGCGGAGAAAUACAAGAAGUCGUACAUUGAGUUCAAAGACAAUCUCAUUCAAAACGCACGAGAGCUCCAGACUGCCUGGUUGGAAGGCUCCCGUCAGCUGUCUCCUGAUAUUCUUAAGCGCGACUAUCCCAACACCUUUUCGAAACGAGCGAAGGAUUCAUCGGUUCGAAUGCAGGAAAAGCCGACACCGUCAAAGGUUCCGAAAGAAUUCUAUCUUCCAUUGGACGCGAACACCACAGCCUUUGAGGCAGCUAGAUUUGGCCUCGCUUUCCUUCAGGAAUGGGCCGAGAAAGAGAAUGUUGAAUGGAAGACAAGCGUUGAGCUUUGA